CUUGGCGGCGGCCCCGGCUCCGGCCCCGGCUCGGGCGCGGCGGCCAUGGGCAGCGGCAGCAGCCGGCGGCGGGGCCGUGGCGGCGGCGCCCCGCGCGGGACGGCGCAGGCGGAGGCGGAGGCGGCGGCGGGUCCGCUCCCAGCCGCGGAGGAGCGGCGGGCGCCGGGCACGGCGCUGGAGGCGGCCCCGCCCGGCCCCGCCCAGCCUGCGGCGGAGGCCUCGUCUCCACGACGCCCCUCAGACCCAGAGAACAACAACAUCAGCAAUGAGUGCCUAUCACAGGGCAGUAAGCAGCCGGUGGGGUGCCCAGCCAUCUUGUACCACGGCUCAGAGGAGGAGCUGAUGGCCAGCAUCGAGCGGGAGUACGGCUGCUGAGCUCCACGCGGGGCAUGGCUGGAACAGCAGAACUGCCAGCAGGAUAACGCAGUGCCUGGGAUGGUGAGGAGGUGUGCAAGGAGCAAGACCAGAAAAAUCACGCCUGGUGAAUCAGUAUCUGAAAGCUCCUUUUGAAAUGGUGUUUUUACUAGAUUUACUACAGCUUUGUUGAGAUGUGGUGCUUUGAGGGAAGACCACCUUUGCUUUGUCCUGGCAGGAAUGAAACGCAGCAAAAUCAUUCCAUUUAGAUCCGACUUUGGGAGUGUGCUGUGAACUGCAGGAGGCUUCGAAGCAUUUCUGCUCCCUGACAGAAAAAUCACUGCGUUGUAUCCCUAGGUGGUCCAAAGGGAAACAGAAGGGCUGGAUCUCUGGAGAAAAUCACAUUUUCUGGGCCCCUAACAGGGAAGCCUGGUGUUGUAAGGUUUCUGCCUUUGUUUUACCCGCAUCUUUAUGUAUUAUGAGCAGCUAUUUCUUAUCAGAAGUAGAAAAAUACCUAAUUUCUGCCUUUAGCUGAAGCAUUCAAGAUAUCAGAUGAAAUAUAGCGUAUGUGAGCGCAAGAGGAAACAGCAGGGACACAUCUUAAGAUGCUGUAUUAUGACAUCUUCAUCAUUACCAAUCUUUGUGAAAGAGAAAUAUCUGGAUCUGUAUUCUAUAUACCUUUCAAUAAAGGCAACAACAGUGGUUUUGAA